AUGGGUAUACGACUGGAAGCAACAGUUGAUGUAGUCAUCAGAACGCAUCGACCAAGGAGGCACAGGGUGGAGAUAUUUAAUGAGCUUGAGGAUCACAUAGAGCCCAUGAAGGAGAGAGGACUGGUGGAACGUGAUGAUAUUAAGUUGUGGAGGAGAGGAGAUAAAUACAAAUCAACUUUCAGCUCUAAGGAAACUUGGAAACUGACAAGAGUGCCUCGAGCAAAGAUGAAUUGGAGCAAUGGGAUCUGGUUCGCUUUUAAUACACCUAAAUACUCUUUCAUAGCUUGGCUUGCAAUGCUCAACAGACUUGCAACAGGAGACAUGAUUCAACAAUGGAACACUCAACACACCAGCUUUUGUGUGUUCUGCAAUGAUCUGAUGGAGUCAAGAGAUCAUCUUUUCUUCGUAUGCAAAUUUUCAGAGGAGGUUUGGAAAGGUUUAACCCAGAACCUGUUAGCUAUGCGCUAUACCUGCCAAUGGGACCAAGUUAUACCAAUGCGCUGCUUGAUCAAAACAGAGCUUUUUAUUGUGAGAUAUGUGUUCCAAGCAUCUUUGUAUGCUAUAUGGAGGGAACGCAAUCAACGUAAGCAUGGAGAAGGACCAAUGACACCAGGACAUGUAAUCAAAAUGGUGGACAAGAACGUUCACAACAGGCUCUCUUCCAUUCGUGAUAAGGCGCACACGGGUGGUUUAUCCCUUUGGUUUGGAACUAGAUAG